GCCAUAUUUAUCCUUUUAAUAAAACUUAAAAAACUACAAAAUUCUACUAUGUGAGCAAGUUAAACGCAAGAGCGUCCACGCACGGCGCCACGAGUUAAACAUGGGGAUUCCAUUUAGAACUGUUUUGGGCCCACCUCUAAUGAAAUACAGCCGUUUCUACAACCGCCUCUGCUCACCUAAGAUUUUUGGCUACAGCACCUAUGCAGCCUGUCUGGGAAUACUUGGAACGGUAGUGACGUUGAUCGACCUUCGCCGUCUACUCAACGGCGAGGCUCCCACCUGCGAAGGGCUAUGGAAGAACAGGCUGAGCCGAAGCGAGCGCUUAAGUAUAUCCCCACACCCUUCUUGUACUCUGCUGCGAUCGGGGUCGAAGGGAUUGAGUCAACUUCGUUUCAUGGUGUUCCUUCUCGCAGUGACGAACGAGACCGCCCGUGACCUGAAGCUAAUGUCGUCGGUCCUCGGGGUGGAGCACUAUGCUCUGCUCGCGCUGGGGGCAUUCACGGACAACCCUGUGCUGCUGUUGCCCUGGUUGUUCAUGGGCAUGGUGGUCAUCUUCCUCGAGGCCUUCUUGUUCGCCAGCAGACUUUUCUAUGAGGGUAUCCACAUGAAUCGCUCCGAGGUCCUGUUUACUGUCAUGAUGAUCCACAACUGGUUACAAGUCUUUUGUCUCUUCAACCGACAAGUGCGCAUGUGCGACUACUAAACGGGUACAAGCUUCAAAACCUACUGUUCGUCCUCCAGUUGUCGCCGCCAAUAAACUUGCCAUGUCAUUCACAACAGCGAAACUAACUAAAUACACGAGUGUCCCCGGUGA